GCAGCAGCAGCGGUCGUUGUUCGGCCGUGGAGCUGCAGCUGUGCGUCGUUUCACGGCCUAUUACUAAAGUAUAACUGAGUAGAGGACGCGUCGAGACAAAUAGUAACGGGCUCUGUCCAGUUAUUACUAGUCUGUAGUCGCUUAUCUCACACACAAACAUGAACUCUCCGGGCAGCAGAGACGGUGACACCCGUGCAGAGCACUACAUGCACGAGCCGUCGUCGGCAGCACCGCCCGCCGUAGCAGCAGCGGGAGGUGGAGGCUUGUACCUGGAUUCCUAUGAAGUGUCCUUUCCCCUGGAGGAGAGCGUGGAGCGGCCGGCCGCGUACCACAUGAGCCACGGGCAGCAGAUGAUGGACGAGGCUGUGGUGCAGGAGCCUCCUCAUCCUCAGUACAGCCCCUUCAUCCUGGUGUCCAACCUGCGAGCUCACCUCUACGUGGCCCUGGAGAAGAACGCCUGGCUGCAGAAGCGCAUCGAGGAGCUGGAGGAGGAGCGAAACUUCCUUCGCUGCCAACUGGACCGCUUCAUCGUGAGCAUGAGGAGUCCGGAGGAGUGGUGUGGAGAUGCCCAGCGUGCUGUAAAGACCCAGCCUUCAAGCUCUCCCUCCCCACCUUCCCCCAUGACCACCAGGUCAGGAAUGACCCUGAAACGCCUGCAGGUACCAGUACCUCGGACCCGCCGCAGCACUGCCAUCCCCGUUAAGCAGGAGUUUCAUCUGGAGGAGGAUCAGUACUACACCGAAGAUGAGUACUUGGAGGAAGAGGAGGAGGAAGAGGAUGAGGAAGAUGAGGACUCUGCAUUGGAGAAGGGUUCAAAAAAGAAGGGAAAAGGACGAGCCAAUGGCGAGCCGAGGAUGAAGAUGAGGAGGAUCUUCAGGAUCACUCAUGGAAGGGAGAGGCAGCGAGGUGAGGGUCACUGA